AUGGCCAUGAAAAAUCACGCGAUCAAAAGUGCAGAGGUGUCAAACGAAGGGAGCUGCAAAGUAAUGUGUUUGAUGGAGCCUAAUUGUGUGUCCAUCAAUGUUGGACCUGUUGUAGGAGGAAACCAAAAAUGCGAGUUGAAUAACGCCACGGAGGAAAACCAUGCUACAUUCCUUCUCGUGAACAAUCCGGGUUACACAUAUCUUGCAAUCGAGGUAACAUUUUACAUUCUUAAGAAACUAAGAUGGUAGAAGAGAUUGGUUCAUUUUCUUAGGCUAAAGCGAUAUUAUUCUUGGCAUAAGGAAGAUCUGCACAAAAGUUUACUUUGUUUUGUCAACAGAAUCCAUGCAGCAGCAGCCCAUGCUUAAACAGGGGCAUCUGUCAAGCUGGAUUCACCUAUAAAGGUUUUCGUUGUGUCUGUCGGGAAAGAUUCACUGGAGAAACCUGCCAAAUCAGUGAAGGUGAAAUGGCUGGAUUGUGUGGGCUAGUCUCUCGUUUAGUACGCGAGGAGUUACUCACUUAAGUCCCAAACUUGACUUCAAGAACAAAACAGUAACCACUGAAGUAAAGUUUAAAAGGAAAAUUCUAUUACUGUAACUUUACAUGAAUAUAGCUGGUAAAUAUUAAGGAAAAAGAAAUGGUACUAGUUAAUGUUCAUAAUCAAGUUUUAUCAGCCAGAGCAAUAGUCAGGAAAGCAAACAAAAUGCACUCAACAUCCAAACCAUUUUAAGUGGGUGUUUUGUUUAUUUUUCUGUUUGUUUCUUUUUUUCUGAUUUUCAGUCAAGGGGAACUGCGCAGAAAUCUUCAAAUCCGCGGGUAAACCAACUGACGGUGUGUACAACAUUAAACCUUAUAAUUUUCUUGCCUUUGAUGUAUUUUGUGACCAAACAACAGCUGGUGGUGGUUGGACAGUGUUCCAGAAAAGACUGAACGGCUCGGUUGAUUUCAACCGCUCCUGGAACGACUACAAACAUGGCUUUGGUGACCUGAAAAGUGAGUUUUGGUUGGGACUGGACAAUAUUCACCGGCUGACCUCAGAUAAUAAAAGCAUGCUGCGUGUGGACUUGGAGGACUUUGAAGGGAAUACAGCUUAUGCCGAGUAUAACAUGUUUGGUGUUAUGAGUGAGAAAGACAAGUACAAGCUGAUCCUUGGUUCUUAUUCAGGUAGAACCGUCAUUUCGUCGCUUCUAUUCUAGUCAUUCUAAGAGGGAGAAGGGAGGGGGGGGAGGGGUAGGAGGAGAGUGCUGAGUAAUGUAAAUAUGCUUAGCGUAUUUUAAAUCAAUAGCUUUGGAGAACAAAAGAGUGCGUAAGCUCAGCUCAUCGAUGUGCGAUCCUGGACAGGGCAAACCGGACGUUGAUAAGUCCAAAGGUAUUCGCCGGUGGAUCAUGCGCAGUUAACCUGACGGACUAGUUUAACUCUGAUGAAUGCCUCGGCAAACAUAUUUAUUAGCAUUAUCACAGUUAGCGAUUCAAUCCCUAGAAUCUUCGACAUGAAUCAUAGAUAUUACUAAGAAUACUUUUACUCCAUUUUGUUAUUGUUGAAUUAUACUUAUCUGAUAUUUCAUGAUUUCUUUUGAAUUACGAACGGCUCGUUGUUGGUGAAACAUAAUACUCAUAUUGCUGCUUGUUUUGUCAGGAACUUCUGGUGACUCUCUUGCUUAUCAUCGCGGUAUGCCGUUCACCACUAGAGAUCAAGAUAAUGGCAAUAGGGGAGGUCAAAACUGUGCCAUUGAGUACCAAGGAGCCUGGUGGUACAAUUGGUGUUACAAAUCGAAUCUCAAUGGUUUAUAUCAUCGUGGCAAUCACUCCUCCGAUGCUUAUGGAGUGAACUGGUUUCACUGGAAAGGAUAUCGUUACUCUCUAAAGAGAACCGAGAUGAAAAUAAGACCAGUGGAAUUCUGAACUGUCAUGUUUAUGGCACAACAGUGAUACAGUACCAACUUUAAUAAAAAACAUCAGUGUCGCGAUCAAGUCUAUUCAGCAUGUAAUAAUCACUCUUAAAUUGAAGCUUAGCGAAAUGUUGUUCAGGUUUUUGUUGCUUAAUCUUUGUACGUGUUUUUGAAAAUAGGAAUAGUUGAUUCUAUAGAAUUGGCCAGUUAACCG